AUGAACAAACUAAAAAUCCAAAAAACGAUUGACCAAUUUUUUGUUAUCAAACCCAAAAAAAGUGUAAGCGAAAAUAUCGAGGCAAUGACAAGCGCCUCCUCAGAUUCAUUGGUUAGUAAUUGUAUUGAAGAAAUAGAAAAAAAAACAAAUAAUUUAAAAAAAAGAAAAAUUAGUAAUGAUAAUGAUAUAAUAAAAAAUGAAAAAGAAUCACGUUUAAAGAAAGAUGAAGAUAUAAAUAAUGUAGGAAUCGAGUCAGAAAUGAUAAACAAAAAAAUAAUGGAAAAAGAAAUAUCUGAUUAUAAUUAUAUAGAUGAAAUAAAAAACUUAAUGCAUAUGGAAUGGUAUGAACAAUUAGAAAGUGAAUUAAAAAAAAAUUAUUUUAAAAAUAUGUAUUUAAGAAUAAAAGAUGAAAGAAAGAAAAAAGUAAUAUAUCCACCUGAAAAUUUAUUAUUUACUGCUUUUUUAAAAACACCUUUAUCAAAAAUAAAAGUAGUUAUAGUUGGGCAAGAUCCUUAUCAUCAAAAAGGCCAAGCAAUGGGGUUAUGCUUUUCUGUUCCUAUUGGUAUAAAAAUACCACCUAGUUUAAAAAAUAUUCUAAAAGAAAUAAAACAAAUAAGUAAUCAUGGAGAUUUAACAAGUUGGACAGAACAAGGUGUAUUCUUAUUAAACACUUCUCUAACUGUUGAAGAAAAUAAACCAGCUUCUCAUAAAAAAUAUGGUUGGGAAAUAUUUACAGAUAAAGUAAUUGAUAUAAUUAAUGAGAAAAAAAAAAAUAUAGUUUUUAUGUUAUGGGGAAAUUUUGCUAUAAAAAAAUGUGCAAAAAUUGAUACAAAAAAACAUUUUAUUUUAAAAUCAGGGCAUCCAUCACCAUUAAGUAUAAAACAUUUUGUUAAUUGUGAUCACUUUAAUAAAUGUAAUAAUUUUUUAAUUCAAAAUAAUAUGUCUCCAAUUAAAUGGGAAUUGCCUCAAUGA